AGGGUGGUAAGUGCGGUUUCUGGAUAAACAUGUAAAAGGGCGCGAUGUUCAAGUCGCAGUGUGUAGUUGAGGCGCACCGAUUGAGAACACAGGAGCGUGCUCUGGCCUGGCCCUGGUCCUACAGCAUCCUCACACCAUGUUACAGCUCGCUGUGAUCUGCUUGGCCCUCUCGUACACCCUUCAGCUCUCAGGAGCUAAUCUCAUCGACAAUGCCCUCCAGAUCGAUGAUGAAACUGCAAUGCGGGCCCAAUUCGAGGAUUUUAAGAUGAAAUACAAGAAGAAAUAUGACCAGGAAGAAGAAGAGAGAAGGUUCCAGAUCUUUGUGGAGAAUCUGAAAGAUGCCAAGCGGAUGCAGGGAGAAGACCAAGCGACAGCUGUCUAUGGAGUGAACAAGUUCAGUGACAUUUCCGAUGAAGAAUUUGAGAAGUUUUACCUCAACCCGACUAUAAGCGAGGAUAAUUCGACUUGGCCAGAGGAGUAUAAAUGGACAGAAGGCAGUGAGCGAUUAGAAAAUCUCUCCUGUCCUCGCAGGGUCGACUGGAGGAGAAGAAGAGCAGUCACCAGAGUUAAAAAUCAGGGGCGCUGUGCUUCUUCCUGGGCCUUUGGUGUCGUGGCGAAUAUCGAGUCAGUGUGGUAUAUCAAGAAGAGACAGCUGCUAAUCCUCUCAGAACAAGAACUCCUGGACUGCGACUCAUGGGACAGAGGCUGCAAGGGGGGCUUUGCUUACAACGCUUUCAACUCCAUUGUCAGCCUAGGGGGAUUGAUGCGUUUCCGUGACUACAGGUACAGAGCAUCACGAGGGUCCUGCAAACUGAUCAAAUCCAAGGUAUCAGUGAGGAUCCGGACCUUUCGGAGCAUUCGCCCACAUGAAGUUGAAAUGAGAGUCUGGGUCGCUCACAGGAGUCCAAUUGUGGUAACCAUCAAUGCAGCAGCACUGAAGGGAUACAGGCGUGGGAUCAUUCGUCCCAGGUUUGGUCGAUGUUCCUCCACCAGACUGAACCAUGUAGUAACAAUUGUGGGCUAUGGUCGAUGUGGGCGUCAUCGUUAUUGGAUCGUCAAGAACAGUUGGGGAGUUAACUGGGGAGAGAGGGGAUAUUUCCGAAUCUACCGUGGGGAGCAGGCCUGUGGAAUUAACCGCUUUCCAUGUACGUGUGUUCUCUAAUCGGACAACUUGGGAAACGCAUGGACACCCCCUCCCACCUCAGCAGUUCAGUUGGGCGCCUACUUUAAGGAGAGGGGUGUGCUUCAGCUUCCGUUUGCGAAGUGUGUGCCCAAUCCCAGAGCCCUCUCUGACCAGUUCAGCGUUGAGGCCUGUAUUGGGCACUCGGUAGUGACACAUGGGAACCGUCGCUCCAUUGCCUGCCUGCUGCUGCCUUCCUGAAGACUGAGCGAUCCACCAGAAAUGUCCUUCCCCUUCUGCACUUGCCUUUAAUAAACCGCCGUGAGCAUCCGA